AGCAGUCAACUAUAUGCUGCGUCACUAAAGCACUGCGGGACCCACAAACACUGGUGUUUCCCCUGUAGUGUGUGAUAGCAGCGAUGGAUGGAGGGAGAACGGUGACUGCUGCUGCUGUAGAGCAACAUUCAUCCCAACCGAGGACUUAAAACACUUCACUGAGAAACAUCUGCUGCAAAUCCGUGUGACAGCCAUGCUAUCAAAGCAGCUUCACCCACCGAUCAUUGUGUUCUCCAUGGUGUUUAACCUGACCUUUGCCCUCUCUGUGUCGUCCCCACCCAUGGAUACAGAGAAAGGAAGGAGAAAAGUGGUGCACGUUCUUGAGGAUGAAUCCGGAGCUGUGAUUGUGCAGACAGCUCCUGGUAAGGUGGUGACACAUCGAGGUGGCUCCAUCACUCUGCCGUGCAGAUUUCAUCACGAGCCGGAUAACACCGAUCCCGCUCGCAUUCGCAUUAAAUGGACUAAAGUGACUGAUGCUCUGCAAUUUGAGGAUGUGUUUGUGGCGCUUGGAAAGCAGCAGCGUGUGUUCGGCUCAUAUCAAGGACGGGUGUUUUUGGAGCAGGCGGGACGAGGUGAUGCCUCAGUGAUCAUCCAAAACGUCACGCUGGAGGACUACGGACGCUACGAGUGUGAGGUCACAAAUGACAUGGAGGACGAUACGGGGUUUGUGAACCUUGACCUAGAAGGAGUGGUCUUUCCAUACUACGUCCGCGAGGGGCGCUAUAAGCUCAACUACCACCAGGCAGAAGAUGCCUGCAAACACCAGGAUGCCAUCCUGGCUUCUCAUGCUCAGCUUCACAAAGCCUGGCUGGAUGGGUUGGACUGGUGUAAUGCUGGAUGGCUGGAGGACGGCUCAGUCCAGUACCCCAUCUCUCAUCCCAGAGACCAGUGCGGUCGUAAGGACACGCCUGCUGGGGUACGGAACUACGGCUACAGGCACAAGGACGACGAGCGCUAUGAUGCUUUCUGCUUCACCUCUAAACCCAAUGGAAAGGUGUACUUCCUCAAGCGCUUCAAGAAAGUGAACUAUGCAGAGGCGGUGAAGGCAUGCAUUCGAGACGGUUCAGCGGUGGCUAAAGUGGGUCAGCUUUAUGCAGCGUGGAAGUUUCAGCUUUUGGACCGCUGUGAAGCCGGCUGGCUGGAGGACGGCAGCAUUCGGUACCCUAUAGUCAACCCUCGCUCUCGCUGUGGAGGAUCCCAGCCAGGAGUCCGACACUUGGGCUUCCCAGAUAAAAAGUUCCGCCUCUACGGGGUGUACUGUUUCUGCAAGAACCCGGAGGAAACAACGGGUGGUUCUAAAGUGACACAAAGCCUGAAGCGAAGUUUGCCAAAGUGGAAGAGCAGCAAUAGCACCCCCAUGAAUAUUACAAAUGUUACUUAAAGCAGGAAAACUGACAGAACAGGGAUUAGAUUAGGCUUUGGCUGUUGCCGUUUAGCAGCUUCCAUUCAUUACUUUUAAAUCCCAACACCCACAGAUUAGAUGUCCUCAUCUGCAGAUUUGCCAAAAAGAAGAAGCAAGGCUGUCCAAAAUUAAGGGAGACUUCUUUAUUAAGCAGAUUUUCCUUUUGCCUUCGGUCAGUCAAUCAUCUUAAGUAGUGUGUCAGCACAGAUCUGUCAUACGGAACACUGCAGGGUUUAAACUGCAGCUUGAUCAUCAAUCAGGCAUACAUCACAACAGGUUUUUGGCUGUGAAUAUUCUUGUUUACAUGGACAGGACUGGUUUGUUGGCCUCCGCUCCGAGAUCCAAAACAUAUGGGUCAGAAUCUGAAUUCCAGGGUCAAAAAAACUUGAUCUGCCUGUUGGACUGGAUAAAUCCAAGAUGUCUUGGAAGGUUUGAAUGACUUUGAUUCAUACUUUGUAGACAACCUUCUCGCUAAAGCCUCCCGAAUGAGACACUGGAAUCUUGUCAUCAGGCUGUAUUGAGUAAUUAUUGCACAAACUAAAAUAUUUGGUCCUACUUAAGCCUGAUUCAUGCUUCUCCGCCUGCGUCAGUGAGGAGACACGCAACGCCGUUAUCCGUCCUUGCGUAGGGCCCCGGCAGGCACACAAGUACGUACGGAGUCGAGCUCUCUUUUCUAAACAUCCGUCAGUCGAGACGGACAAUGCAAGCUUGUGAUUGGUCAGGACGCCGCUGUUGUUUAGAGCGCCGCCAUUGCGCCCUCAAAAACAAAGAGAGCCGAGGAUAACAAGCGGCAGAGACGGAGAAGCUUGGAGAAUCCUCGCGAAAAACUCUAAAAAUGUGAACGUUUAAUUCCCCCGUGACUGGAGGAGUGAAAAGAUGCGCAGCAGACAUUUUAUUUGUCGACGGAAAUGACAGGAAACGUGGAUUUAGAGGUUGCGAGCGCAUGAAGAGGUGGAGGAGGAUGAGAGACAAAUAAGUCAGUGUUAAAAAGUCUCUUAAAUACACAAAAAAACACAAUAUAAACACACUAUCUUGGACCGAUACAUGACAGGAUACCACAGAACAGCGCUACGCCCUCUGCUGUCCUGCCGGGGAAUUGCUUUGCAACACUCCCCAGGAGACGGAGAAGUAUGAGAGCAAAACGCUUCCGUCAAUCCGUGAGUGUCUCUCCCUUGCGGAGCGGACGGAGAAGCAUGAACCAGGCUUUAUUAUGGCUGUCGUAGUUUAAACUGGCAUGCAUGUAUUGUUUGGCUAAAGAGUAGCUGCUCAGGCUGAAAAUUCAAAAAAUACAAAGCUACAUUACAACUGACCUCAGAAUGGAUGAUUUCUGGGCCUCCUGUUACCCUCUUAUCUUUAUAUUAUCAGGACAUUUGCAACUGUUCACUGAGUAGAAAAUAAAAUGUCUUUAAACGUG